AUGGAGAAAGCGAUUUUCAUGACGUUUCUCAUAGCCACAUCAAUGGCUUACAAUCAAGCACUCGCUCAAGAAGAAGAUGAUAUCAGUCCAUCUCCACAACAAUCUCUAGACUUUGCAGCUGCUGUACAUUACGACCAUGAACUCCUAGACCACAUGACGACACAACACCUCCGAUUUCUCGAAGAUUGUUCGGACAAAUUGAGCUCCAAAUGCGGGAUCAAAUUAACGGAAGGAUUGGCUGAGGACAAGCCCAUGUCCGUGGAAUGUUGUGAAAACGUGUUGAAGAUUGGAAUAGAUUGUCACAAAGGAUUGAUGGAUUUUGUUUUCACCACUUAUGAGCUAAAGAACAAGGCCAACGAGUUUCGUCCUAAGAGCAAACGGAUUUGGAACCAAUGUGUUCAAACUAUCGGUUCUCGGAUUGGUGUACCUAUUGCUUUUGAAACUUAA